AUGGCUGGCGACAAUAUGAGUGAUAUUGGGAAGCUAGCAGAAGCAGUGGACAGAAUUAAGACCACGUUCGCUUCUCUAGACGCUAGGUUAGACCAGGCGGAAGCGGCUGCGGGUGAAAGCGCGACCUUGACCUCCACCAUAGCUGCGGUUCAAGAACAACUCCAAGAGCUCCUCGCUAGCAAACCUCAACCUCAAACGCCGGUUGUCGUCCCUAAACCCGCUAUCCCAGCCGAUAUUACCCCAUUUGCUGCACAGUUUCAGUUGUAUAAUCUUCAAAGUAUCCUCGGAAAGCUGACGGGUCGAGAAAAACCUGCUGAUGUCGAAAAAUUCUUUAUCACUUUUCGCUUGAAUUCGUCGACCCUCACUGCCGUUCAAAGAGAAAGCGUUUUGUUGUCCAAACUCUUUGACUCAGCGUUGAGCCUCUUUGAACGUUCCAGGAGACAACUCGGAGACGUGCCAUUCGAUGUUCUACUGGAGGAUUUCGAAAGACAAAUGAAGAACAGAGUAUCUGGGGCCAAGAAUUUUACGGCUGACUUCAUCAAGCCACUAAUUCGUCGUCCUGGUAUGCCUAUCCAAGAGUUUGCAGACAAGGUGUACGACAUCACCCUCAAAGCUUUCCCAACUGUCGAUGGCCUUACACUUGAAAAAAUGGCAGUUGAGAAGUUCUUGGCUGGAGUCAAUAGUCGGGAUGUCCAAUUGGCAUUGUCGUCAGCACGGUGCGUGGACCUGUCCUACCAAGCUAUGGUCAAUGUAGCUAUCAGAGCAGAAUCUGUUCAGUACACCCGUCCUUCCCCUCAACAAGGAAUCGGAUUUGGAAAUCGAGACAAUUCUCAUCCUCAACAACAGCUCAAUCUCAAUCAGAGAGAAGCCCAGGGCAAUGAUCAAGGUCCUAGAAAUUUUUCUGAAAACAACAGGUCCAACGAAGGGAACCAGGGUUUUCAGAGACCCGGACUGUAAAAGAGCGCAUGGUCCCGGGUCAUAAAAAGCGCCAGUUGUGUAACUAUUGUCACAGAGGCUACCACAAUCCAGCUCAGUGCAAUGUAAAAGCUGACCAGGAAAGGAAAAGGAUCAGAAAAAUUCCGAGUUCUGCCCCGAUCAAUCUGAAUUUGUCUACCCAGAGUCAAAGCGAUCCAACAAUUUCCCACAUUGUGUCAUACAAUCCUCCGAUUAUACAGAACGCGGACACCGAACCUCAAAUUUCUGAAGAAACUUCGGAUCUGGACAGUCACCGGUUAGCCACCGAGUCUUCUCCUUUGGUUAUUGAAAGGACUGAAGAAGUUAAUAACCUGCCAGAAGAGGAAAGGUACAACGAUAUCCUUUCAGCUCAGUUAGCGCAUUCCGCUGAAUUUGAUCGGCAAUUACUCUCGAUAUCACCCAACAUGGAUGUUGUCCUUCCACCAAAAUUGCUGUCGCAAGAUGAAGCGUACAGACAAUUUCAACUCCAACAGCAAGGUGGUUACCUUCAACCAAUUCUUCCUCAAAUUUCAAUCCCUGAUCAAGAUCAGCUUGUGAAUUCAAACGAAGUUCAUCUUCCUACUGAACCUUCCAGUACCGAUCGAUCUCAGAAAGCGAAUAUCGAUGAGGCUAACUUGGAUGCUUAUACCGUCAACUUCGUCAAGGGUUUGAUCGAGAAAUCAGAGCGGAGAAGGCAAGAACUCGAAGAGGAGAAUCUGAGAUUCAUCCAAUCUCAAAAUGCUGUGAAAAUUAAUUUGGAAGAAGAAAUUUGGAAUUUCGAGACCUUAUUUGAAGAGGACACCCAAGCUUCAGGAGAUGGAAAAGAGACCGAUUUCACCCCAGACUUGGCUGGAACCGUCUUCUCAUCUUGGACCAAAGUCAAGAAUGAAAACAACGUCGAUUUCCCUGACAUAUUGGAGAAUUCUAUGUUCAAGUCAUGGACUAUGAACCAAAAAUGGCUGAAGAAAGACAUUGUACCUGCGCGUACCGAUGGUUUUGAGUAUCUGAAAGACUCAUGUUACUUUGAUUGGUCCUCUUACAGUGAUGCAGAUCGCAAAGAGAGAAUUUUGGACUCUCGCAAUACCGAAAACGCAACGUCUGCGCCAGCUUUUCGGGGAAAAGGUUGCAAGUUCAAGACAGCUUCCAUCAACGAAAUUGUGGCUCAAGAAAAGAGUGAUUCCAGUUCCGCAAAUUUCCCUUGGUAUUCAAAUCGAAUUUUGAAUGAGAAAGUGGUAUCAAGAUACCAGAGAUCGAGGUUCAAUGCGAAUGCUCGACCGAUCUUUUGGUCAAGCUUGUUGGUUUACCAAUAUUUCCUUGAAAUUAUUGUACCGGUUGCCGUUUAUCGUUGCGUCUUGUCGAAGGUAUUUGCUUUCUUGGUCCGCGCUUCGACCAUUUAUUUAUUUCACACCGAUUUGUUGUCAGAACUAUGGCACUUCGCGCUUUCAGACACAACACAUCCAUCUGAAACGCCGAGACGUCGUUUGACGGAUAGGGGGGAGGUUGUAGGGUUAUCCAGGUAUUGUUUAGGGGCUUUUUAAUUUCAUUUAUUUUCAGGUUUUGAUGUCGGGACGUCAUCACAUAUGAGGGGGGCGAGUAGGACCAGCGGCACCCCGAUGGUCCGUCAAUCCAAGCUAUUCUCGACCGAUUCCCCGAGUUUCCCAUGAUCAACCGCUCUACGUGACAAUCCGUUCCGACCGCUCGACUUCGCGCGAUUCGGUGGAUCUCAUUCAUUCAAUUGGACUCUCCGGCUCGGUGGACGGUCGACUCCCUCGUCCUCCUCCGACUACCCGAGACCAUCCACGUUGUCGUUGUAUUGUGUGCUAUCGUGACGUUUGCUGGAUAAAUAUACUUGCUAUAUCCCAGUUGGCUAUUGUAACGUCGAUCCGGGCCUUAUUCCCCGUUGAUCUUAUCUAGUUGCCCUCUACCUCCCGUAGACUAGGCACUACUGGAUUACAAUUUUCCGCAAGCUUAGUUAAAAGAAGACUAUAUCAGAUUUAAAAAUAAAAUAAUAUUUUUUAGGCCAUUUUUGGAAAAUUUUACAAAAAAUUACAGUAAACAGAAAUAUUUUGAAACUUGUACAGUAAUUCAAAAUCUCUAAAAAUAUCUCUCAAAAGCUUUCGUAAUCUUUUUCAACCAUAAAUUUGGUCAAAAAGUUACAGUAACCCCCAAAUUCUAAAACCCACCCAAAGAUUACAGUAUCUUCAAAAUUCCCAAAACUGUUCCAAAAGCUACGGCAGUUAACCAUGAUGCUACAGUAACCUUAAUAUACCGUAAGUUUGGUCAAAAGGUUACUGUUACCCUCAAAUUCCCAAAAUCACUUCAAAGGUAACAGUAACCCUGAAAACUAAUCCAAAAUCUACCAAAAGCCACAGUAAUCCUUCAGAAAAAUUCCCUCGCAAACAUUGAGGUAAAUGCUUGCGCAAAGUGUGUUAAACCUUUCGCGCUGGGUUGACAUGUCAACGGAUGUCAACACAAAAGGCCAUUACCUUCUUCCUCCUUCCACGGGUGUCCAUUAUAUUAUUUUGUGUGCAAACACGGCCGGACAGUGUCCACAAAAACGAGGAAAAGAAUUGGUCUCACUUCUAUUGUAGAGGGUCUCGACAAACACGUGGAUCGAGCGAUCAGCACUUCCUAAUGAGCCAAAGAGAUUAGCCGAGUGAGUUGGGGUCAAGUGUAACAUAAAGCAAUAUGAAUAGCAAGAAAUCAAUGCAAAGAAAAGAAGUUUUGUGCCUCUACUGCUCGAAAGAUGUUGUUUACGCAUUAGUUGCUUCAUAAAGUGCAUGGACAUUAGUCACGGUGCGCACAGUGCACAGAAAUUCUCAUUUUGCACCGUGCAUUUCACCUUUUUUUUUGGUUUUCGUACUGUGCAUCGAAAUAUCGCUGCGACGUAAGCAAGGGUCUCCAACAACGUAUUCCUGGUGCCAGGAAUGCACUGUGCAAGACAGAAAAAUGUCUAUGUACUUUACUAAUAAGAGUCAUCCAAUUUUUACCGAGUUUUAUGUUCGAUUUUUUUUGAUUAUCUUGAAUUUUGUAUUUUUUUCAUAGUCAAGGAAUAGUCAAUAGCAAGGCGUAUUUUACCGGGCUUUUUCCUCGACUUGGCUUUUCUUGACCUCCGUCGUGGCGCUUCAAAUCCCCAUACACUCCCUCCACUCGCCUUGACUAAUGACUUUGGUGCGCGGUCCACAAAAGGAAAUGGAAGAAAGGGGGGACGGUAUAAAGGCAACACUUCCGAAAGUACAUGAGCAAAAAUGGAGAGGAGGGCUUUUGUUCAAAUUGGGCAAACAUAGGAUGUGGAAGGGGGAAGAUCAAGCGAGCAAAAUAUUAUAUUAGACUUGAUGUUAUAAGUAAUAAAACAAAUAUAAAUUGGGUAAAAUACGAUGGAAUAAAAUUGCAAUUCUUUUGAAGUUCAAUUGAAAAUUUAAAUUCUAAUAUCUUUUUAAAAAAGCUGUGCAAAAUAAAAAAAAGCUGAGUGCACGGUGCAAAAAAUCGGGAGUCUUUUGUGCACGGUGCGGGCCGUGACAAAUGUCUUCCAUGUUCCGCACGGUGCGUUUUGAACUUCCACGCUUGUCGCCAAUGCACAGUGCAUUUUGAACUUUUUCCCACGCUUGUCGCCAACGCACAGUGCAUUUUUCUCUCUUCGCACACUGCAAACCUCAAAAACCCUUUUGCACUGUGCAAAUUCCUGGCGACGCCGCAGCGAUAUUUCGAUGCACAGUGCGAAACCACAAAAAAAGCUAAACGCACCGUGCAAAAUCGGUUGUUUUUGGUGCAAGCCGAGACAAAUGUACGUGCACUUUAUGAAAAUACUAAUAGUAAAGUGUAAUUGUGAUUUGAAAUUUCGGCAAAAAUACUAAUAGAAUUCCACAGAGUGCGUCUGCGAUCUGCAAAAUUUGAGUGGAUUGCGAGGUUUGCACUUUCUGGCUAUAUAAAAAAUCAAAUUUUGAGAAAACGUAGAGCAAAAUAAGCUUUUUAUCGAAUUUAAAAAUUUCCCCAAACAAACAAAAAACAUGUAAAAUACGACAAAUGUAACCUUGCUGUUUGAAUGAAAUUUUUGAGCUACAAAUUUUUUUAAGGUAGCAAAAAUAAUCACCUUUCGAUGACUUUCCUCUCAAAAAUCGCUCACUAAAUCCCGAGACUCCACGAAUUUCUGAUCAAAGCCAAAAUCGCAGACCGAUUACCGCAUCUUUUGCCCAAAACAUCCAUUACACUCUCCAUGACGGCCUCUUUUGCCCCUCCGCGCCAAAAACAUAUGUUACUUUUGAUGUUACAGUAGGGCCGGAAGCGGCGAAGAAGAGACUGGUUGCGUAACCGAGAAAAUAAAGAGCCGGCGCUCUCCCCUCCUCCCACCACAUGACCUGCAAUUUUCGGGAUUUUUUGGGGAAAAAAAUUCUCGGAUUUUUUGCGGAUUCGAAAUUUUUUUAAAUACUUUGAAGAAGAGUAAAGAAGAGUUCAAUACCAUCCCUUAAGUAUUCGAAUACAAAAGCCCCGAUCCGGGUCAAUAGCGGCGUUAAUUGAGCCUCCAGAUUCCUCGCCGCGAAUGGACAUCUGGAGCAGUCUUCAGGGUCAACGACGAAAAGCCCGACGUGACCUGGAAAAGGGCUUGGAAAAGGUGGCAUUGUGUGGAAAAUAG